AUGGCGCCGGUGGGCGGGGGCGGGCACCCGGGCGGCGGGCUGGCCCGAGGGCGCCUCCUCCUGGCGGCGCUGGUGCUGCUGGUGCUGCUGUGGGCGCAGGGGGUCCGGGGAGAAGGCAGCCCCCAGCCGGGCGCGAUCUUCGGCAUGAGGCUAGCGAGCUGCAACAAGUCGUGUGGGAUGAACCCGGAUGGCAUCAUCUUCGUGUCUGAGGGCAGCACCGUGAACCUGAGGCUGUAUGGCCAGAGCCUGGGCAACAUCUCUAGCAGCCUGAUCUCAUUCACCGAGGUGGACAACGCGGAGACCGCCCACAAGUCCACCAACUGCCUGGAGCUCACCAAGGACCUGGUGGUCCAGCAGCUGGUCAAUGUGAGCCGCGGGAACACGUCCGGCGUGCUGGUGGUGUUCACCAAGUUCCUCCGAAGGAGCGAGAACAUGAAGCUGUAUGCACUGUGCACCCGGUCCCAGGAAGAUGGGCCCUGGCUGAAGUGGACGGACAAGGACUCGCUGCUCUUCAUGGUGGAGGAGGCUGGGAGGUUCUUGCCCCUCUGGCUGCACUUAGUAAUCAUUAUCGUGCUGCUAGUGUUGUCGGGCAUAUUCUCUGGCCUCAAUCUGGGGCUUAUGGCCCUGGACCCCAUGGAGCUCCGCAUUGUGCAGAACUGUGGCACGGAGAAGGAGAGAAAGUAUGCCCGCAAGAUUGAGCCUAUCCGCCGCAAGGGCAACUACUUGCUCUGCUCACUGCUCCUGGGGAACGUACUGGUCAACACCUCUCUCACCAUCCUUCUAGACAACCUCAUUGGGUCUGGCAUCAUGGCAGUGGCCUCCUCCACCAUUGGCAUUGUCAUAUUUGGGGAGAUUGUACCUCAAGCCCUGUGCUCCCGGCACGGUCUGGCCGUAGGUGCCAACACCAUUGUUCUCACCAAAUUGUUUAUGCUACUCACCUUUCCCCUCAGUUUUCCUAUUAGCAAGCUCUUGGACUUUUUUCUGGGCCAGGAGAUUCAUACCGUUUACAAUCGGGAGAAACUGAUGGAAAUGUUGAAGGUGACAGAGCCCUAUAAUGACCUUGUAAAGGAGGAGCUAAACAUGAUCCAGGGUGCUCUGGAACUACGGACCAAAACCGUGGAGGAUAUCAUGACCCAGCUCCAAGACUGUUUCAUGAUCCCUAGCGAUGCCACCCUGGAUUUCAACACAAUGUCAGAGAUUAUGGAAAGUGGCUAUACCCGCAUCCCAGUAUAUGAAGAUGAGCAAUCCAAUAUCGUAGAUAUUCUCUAUGUCAAAGACUUGGCCUUCGUGGACCCCGAUGACUGCACCCCCCUCAAGACCAUCACCCGCUUCUAUAAUCACCCAGUGCACUUUGUCUUCCAUGACACCAAGUUGGAUGCCAUGCUGGAGGAGUUCAAGAAAGGGAAGUCCCACCUGGCCAUCGUGCAGAAGGUGAACAAUGAAGGCGAGGGCGACCCCUUCUACGAGGUCCUGGGCUUGGUCACCCUGGAGGAUGUCAUCGAGGAGAUCAUCAAGUCUGAGAUCCUGGACGAGUCGGACAGGUUCACUGACAACCGAAGCCGGAAACGGGUGGCUCAGAAGAACAAGCGGGACUUCUCAGCCUUCAAGGAUACUGACAGUGAACUCAAAGUGAAAAUUUCCCCUCAGCUCCUUCUGGCUGCUCAUCGCUUCCUGGCCACAGAGGUUCCCCAGUUUAGCCCCUCUCUGAUAUCAGAGAAAAUCCUACUACGGCUGCUCAAGUACCCAGACGUCAUUCAGGAACUCAAGUUUGAUGAGCACAACAAGUACCUCGCCCUCCAUUACCUGUACACCCGAAAUAAGCCUGCUGACUACUUCAUCCUCAUCCUGCAGGGGAAGGUGGAGGUGGAGGCAGGGAAGGAGAACAUGAAGUUUGAGACGGGCGCCUUCUCCUACUACGGGACCAUGGCCCUGACCUCUGUCCCCUCUGACCGCUCCCCAGCCCACCCCGCCCCACUCAGUCGCUCAGCCUCCCUUAGUUAUCCAGACCGCACAGAUGCCUCACCCUCGACAGCCUUGGCAGGGAGCAGCAACCAGUUUGGCAGCACCGUCCUGGGCCAGUACAUUUCUGACUUCAGUGUGCGUGCACUCAUGGACCUGCAGUACAUCAAGAUCACACGGCAGCAGUACCAGAAUGGGCUGCUGGCCUCACGCUUGGAGAACAGCCCUCAGUUUCCCUUGGAUGGGUGCGCUGUGCUCACGGAGAACUGUACUGAGAAGCCUGAGUUGCUUGUAGUGGAUGAAACCACAACUCUUCUCAACGAGCGUAACUCCUUGCUGCACAAAGCCUCCCACGAGAGUGCCAUCUGA